AUGCAGUUGAAGUCUUUCCUUGAAGCUAUCAUUGGCAAUAUCUAUAUUCUUCUCGGAAUAACCCUUCCACCGUGUUUUUGUUGCACUGGUGACGAUUGUCGAAACAUUAUAUUUCGGGACCCAAUACAAAACAUGGCCAUGAAGGAUCGUGUGAUCUGGAGUGCAGAAGUGCCCAAUGAGGGGAGCUGCAGAGUGAUGUGUUAUAUGGAGCCUGACUGCGUGUCUAUUAAUGUUGGACCUGUAGAAGGAGGAAACCAAAAAUGCGAGUUGAACAACGCCACCGAGGAAAACCAUGUUCCAUUUCUUCUUAUGAAUAAACCAGGCUUCAUAUAUCUUGCAAUCGAGAAUCCCUGCAGUAGCAGUCCAUGUUUGAACAAUGGCACCUGUCAAGCUGGAUUCACCAGUAAAGGUUUUCGUUGUGUUUGUCGUGAUGGAUUCAGUGGAGAAAACUGCCAGUUGCAAGUCAAAAGAAACUGCGCAGAAAUCUAUAAAUCCGCGGGUAAACCAGUAGACGGUGUGUACACCAUUAAACCGGAUAAUUUGCCUGCCUUUAAUGUAUUCUGUGACCAAACAACGAAGGGUGGAGGAUGGACUGUGUUCCAGAAGAGACUAGACGGCUCGGUUGAUUUCUACCGCUACUGGAGCGACUACAAAUGUGGUUUUGGUGACCUGUGUGGUGAAUUUUGGCUCGGACUGGACAAGAUUCACCGCCUGACCUCAGAUGAUAACAACGUGCUGCGUGUAGACUUGGAAGACUUUGAAGGAAACACAGCUUAUGCUGAAUAUAACUUGUUUGGUGUUAUGAGUGAGAAAGACAAGUACAGGCUGAUCGUUGAUUUUUAUUCAGCUUUGGAAGACAAAAAAGUAACCUCAGCUCAUCGAUAUGUAAUCCUGGACAGCACAUACCGGACGUUG